GCCGUGACGCUUCCGGAGCCCCCCGGACACGGUCGGUGUGUCCGACCGCCUCUCGGGAGUGUGUAGCUUAGUCUGUGGUCGGGUAGGACCGUGCAGCGGCGCCCGGGUACCGUGGGAGUCCCGGCAGGUUCUGUGGGUCUGUGCCCAGCUAGCGGGGGGGCAAAUCAGGGCUAGCCGGCGGGCCACUUCCGUGUUACCGAGCCGGGAUGGCUGCCGACAUCAACAACAUCCCCAAGCGGGGCGUGAGUGACCCAUUGCCCCGCCAGUAGAAGCCCGCCUCCCCGGCCAGCUCAAGGGCCAAGUUAACUGCGUUCAAAGGGCGGCCGGCUUGCCCCGGGAGCCCGCCGACUGCCAGUACACAGAGAGAGCGCCGCGCAUCGCGACAUGGGCAGGCUUGGAGCCGUGCAGCCGAACCGGUGCCCCGCCACCCCUACGUCCCUCCUGUGAGUGUGAUCGCACAGCGGAUCUCCGUCGCCUUCGCUGAGGGUUUGCGGGGGCCUUUCGUGCACCCCCGGAAUCGUUUAAUAGGCGGCGUGUCUCCGAUGCAGCCGCCUCGCCUUUACAGCACCGGGAUAUCAGGCGUAGCGGUAGAGUUAUUGUGCUAGGAGUGAAGUGUGGCUCCCGGCCCGUAAAUGCCCAGCUCGGAGGCGGUGCAAGAGUGCCGGGGACGUGGUUCCCCAGAGCGGAGGAACUCCUGGCUGGAGAGGCGGAAUGAGGUGCCCAGCGGGCGACGCAGGGAUAAGAGACGGCCGUCCUCGGGUCGACGGAAGAAGCACCGGCGGCCCAGAGAGCGGCGGACGGAGCCAGACGAGCCGAGCGGCGGCAGGGGGGGUGUAUUGGACCGAGACGGCGACCUCAGGACCCUGGUGGAAUACGACGACAUCAGCUCCCAGUCUGAGGGCUUUUCUGGCAGUCCGUCUCCUCGGGCCGAACCGCAGCGCCAGCGAUUGCCGCUCCAGCGACAGGAUGAUGCCACAGUAUCGGCUGGGAUGUCCGCGCCAGCCAGGAAACGUCCGCGGAAAGACGCUCAGCGGCGCUCGGCGGAGACCAGCGGGCUGCAGUGGGAGGAGAAGAGGAACGACUGUCGGGAAAGGGAGCCCCGCGGCGGCAGGGACGGGGGAAAGAAGUCCGCGCCGACCCCGGUGCCUGCAGACAAGAACGAGCCGAAGCAGCACCGGACCAGGGCCGAGAGGGAGAGGGAGCCGCCUUCAGCUUACAGGGAGACCCCGAAAGCUUACCGCGACCGUGAGGAGCCGGAGGCGUACAGGCGGAGCCCCGGCCUUAGCGAGGACAGUCCGUACGGGGCUCCUUACUCCCAAACCUACGCGUACCAGUCACCGCUGCACGGCUACAACCAGCUGUUACCCAGGCGGAGCCCCAGCUACGGGAGCCGGCGGCACUCUCCCAGCCCCACCUACUACGGCCGCGAUCUGGAGCUGUACGGCGCAUACGUAUCCAAGUCGCCCGGCUCGUACUCGGCGACCAAGCGGCAGAGGUCCCCGCUAAGCCCAUACGGCCGACAGAGGUCGCCGAGCUUCGGUCGAAGCAGCCCCUACGAGCAGGGGGAGAUCGGCUUCAGUCCCUACGGAGGCCGGCGGCGCUCUAGGAGCCCCUUCGGGAAGUCGUUCAGCCCCAGCCCUGAUCCGAGGCGAGGGAAAUCACCGCCCAGUCGCAGCCCGUACCCGUCCUCGCGGCCGUCCCGCUCGCACAGCCGACACCGUCACUCUCGUUCACGGAGCCGCCCCUCCAGCCUGUCGCCCAACACCCUUACCUUCAAGAGCAGCCUCGCUGCCGAACUCAGCAAGCAGAAGAAAGCCAAGGCCAGCCAGCCCAAGGGACCUGGGGACACACCCAUUCCUGCCAAGGGCCCCGCCCCACCUCCCACUCCUGCCCCACCUCCCACUCCUGCCCCACCUCCCACUCCUGUCCCCCAGGCCUGCCCUGGCUCCAAAAGGGCCCGGCCUCCUUCCCCACCCCCUGAGAAGGGCCCAAGGACCCCAGUGUCUGCCUGUCCUCAGUCCCCAGCUGACGGGAACCCCAAGAAGACUCCACUUCCCCCAACGCCCAGCAAAGAAAGCAAGGAGAAGGAGGAGCCCCCAGCAGCAAUGCCGGCAGCCCGGGAGAAGAGGAGAGGAGCCAAGGAAAAGGAGCAAGGAGCCCCCCCUUAUGCCUCGACACUGCCAUCACUCCCUUUACCCCCAGCCUUGCUGGAGCACUUGGAGGGGGUAGACAGCUUGAAGGACUGCCUGCUCCCUCGACUGGUUAAGAAGAAGCAGGACAGCAAGCCCCCCCAGCUCCUGGCCGACCUCCCCCUCCCACCCGAGCUGCCUGGUGCCGAGUCCAGCUCCCCGGAUGACGCGAAGAACACGGCAUCACACCGCCGGCCCAGGAUCUGUGGCCCCCGCUGUGGCGAGAUCAAGGAGACGGAGAUCGCCUGGGGCAAGCGCUGUGUGGACAAGUUCGAGAUCAUCGGGAUCACGGGAGAAGGCACCUAUGGACAGGUGUACAAAGCCAAGGACAAAGACACAGCUGAAAUGGUAGCCCUGAAGAAGGUGCGACUGGACAACGAGAAGGAGGGCUUCCCCAUCACAGCCAUUCGCGAGAUCAAGAUCCUCCGGCAGCUGAACCACAAGAGCAUCAUCAACAUGAAGGAAAUCGUCACUGACAAGGAGGACGCCGUUGACUUCAAGAAUGAUAAGGGGGCCUUCUACCUCGUCUUUGAGUACAUGGACCACGACCUGAUGGGCCUGCUGGAAUCCGGCCUGGUCCACUUCAACGAGAGCCACAUCAAAUCCUUCAUGCGGCAGCUGAUGGAGGGUCUGGACUACUGCCACAAGAAGAACUUCCUGCACAGGGACAUCAAGUGCUCCAAUAUCCUUCUCAACAACAGGGGGCAGAUCAAGCUCGCCGAUUUCGGCUUGGCUCGACUCUACAAUUCAGAGGAGAGCCGGCCAUACACCAACAAGGUGAUCACCCUGUGGUACCGCCCCCCAGAGCUGCUCUUGGGCGAGGAGCGUUACACUCCGGCUAUCGACGUGUGGAGCUGCGGCUGCAUCCUCGGGGAGCUCUUCACCAAGAAGCCCAUCUUCCAGGCCAACCAGGAGCUGGCCCAGCUCGAGCUCAUUAGCCGGAUCUGCGGGAGCCCCUGUCCCGCUGUGUGGCCGGAUGUGAUCAAGUUGCCAUACUUCAAUGCCAUGAAACCAAAGAAGCAAUAUCGCCGCAAACUGAGGGAGGAGUUCGCAUUCGUGCCAUCAGCAGCCCUGGAUCUCUUCGACCACAUGCUGGCGUUGGACCCUGGCAGGCGCUGCACGGCGGAGCAGGCGCUUUGCAGCGACUUCCUGCGGGACGUGGAUCCGGCGCGGAUGCCCACCCCUGAUCUCCCCCUGUGGCAGGACUGUCACGAGCUGUGGAGUAAGAGGAGACGCAGGCAGAAGCAGCUCUCCGAGGAAGCCACCGCGCCCCCCAAGGCACCCCGCAAGGACCUGGGUCUGGAUGACAGCCGUAGCAGCACCCCCCAGGGGAACCCCGCCCCUGGGCAGCAGAAGGCUGGCAGCAGCACCACGGGGGCACUGGACGUGAAGGCCUCUGCUUCCCAGAUGCCCCCAGAGCAGCUGGCCGCGAUCGUCAACCUGCUCCAGUCCAAGAGCUCGGUGAGCGUGGCGCAGCUAGCACAGGCCCUGAACGUCACGGCGAACCCCGACGUGCUGCAGCAGCUGGUGCAGGCCUCUCUGCCCCCUGCCGGGACUCAGGCCGAGCCAGGGCCCCCCCAGCACACGCAGGGCAAGCCGGAGGGGGAGGGCGCCCCCAGCGCCGUGCACACCGCCGUCACUGUGCUCCUGGCCCAGCUGUUGAAGGUCCAUCAGAGGAAGGCGGAGGAAGGAGACGCGUCGGCCGGUCCCCUGCCGGAGGAGGCUCCCCCAGAAGCACAGUGCCCCCCCUCGCAGCCCAGUCCACCGCCUCCCAUCUCUCCAGUAUCGGACAGCAGUGGGGUGUCAGUCGCACAGCUGCCCCCUGCUGCUCCCCCAGAGGCACCUCUGAUCCUGCCCCCCGACCAAAGGCCCCCAGAGCCCCCUGAACCUCCCCCUGAACCACCCCCCUCCGGAGAGGACCUCGAUUACCGGCCUGAGGGUAGCCAGCAGCUCACCAGCAGGGGGAGUGACAUGGAUGGAAGUGCCCCCCCUGAGCCUGAUUAUCCGCCGCCCCCGUGUCCCCCGCACCCAGAGCUCCCGCCCCCACCCAGUUUUGCCCCUGUGCUGCCACCACCACUGCCCCUGCCUCCACUGCCCUAUCCCCCCGCCGGUUACCCGGCUGAGGCCUUCGGGGCAAGCUACCUGGGGGCGGUGCCCCCCCACACGCUGAGGGACAUGUUCAGGAGCACGGCCCCACCUCCUGCACAGCAGCCUCCCCCAGGGUUUCCGGAGGCCUUCCCUCGUGGGGGGGGCGUGCCAGUCCACACCGGAGGCAGCUUGAUGUUCAGCGGUGACAAGGACCAUCGCUUUGAGUUCAACCACAGCCCACUGCCCAUGGAGGGGCUGCCCCUCCCCAGCUAUAACCACAGCCUGAACCGAGCAGACCACGUGCUGCCUCCCCCGCUGCCGCCGCCCCCACACCGGCCUGGCCCAGGCUGGGGCUCGCCCUCCCAGCCCGCCAUGGCUCCCUUCCCACCCGGCUUCAUGCCGCACAUGAACGCAGCGGCACUCAGGGGCCGGGGCCUACCCUUCUGACUGGGGCCCCCAGCCACGGAACACAAGCUGUGUGACUUGAAAGGAUUCGUUCACUGGACAGUGUUUCUUUUCGCCCCGUCCCACCUUAAACAGCCCAACGGGGGUCUUUCUCACCCUUGCAGUUUGGUAUUGUUUUUAUUCUGCUGAUGUCUUUUAAAUUAAAUCCCCUUUUUUGGGUGCGCACUCUGCCUAACCAAGUCCCCAUUUGUAUGUGUUCCUUAGCGAUCGCCGCCUUUUUUUAAUUGCUUCAGGGCCGACUAAUCAAAGGUUUCUUACUAAGUUGUCCAAACCUGAUUAGGUAUGACAUUAACUACCUGUGCGACUGAAAACAUUUUGGACCGACUGCAUUUAGCGAACAGCCAGGUGUGGUAAUACAGACACUCUAAGUCACUUUCUCUAUAGAGAAAUAUUUUUUUCUGAAGGUUGGUUUCAGGUGGCAAAAUCUGAUCUAAAUUUAACUGUCUAAAGCAGACGACAGAUGGUGUCUUCAGUUGUGCUAAAACCAAAACGAACCACACAGCCCCUGUUCCCACAAGGGCAACAAUGUCUUUUGUAUGGAUUUUUCCCCCCCUGUAAAUGUUUAUUAAAGAAUUUCACAUUUUAAAA